UUUCGGAGAACUUGUUUUUCCGCUCCUGUUCUCGGCGUUUGCAUUCAGUCCACGCUUUUUGCAUUUUCAGCCCACAACUUAGCCAAGGAGCAGCGGCUGAACUUUGGGGACGACAUUCCAAGCGCCCUGCGCAUCGCCAAGAAAAAGCGUUGGAAUAACAUUGAGGAGAAGCGGAUCAACCAGGAGAACGAGUUGCACGCUUAUCUCACCAAGCUCAUCAUGGCGGAGAAGGAGAGGGAGUUCGACGAAUGCCAGCGGGCCCAGGAGCAGGAGAACAUGGAUGAAAACCGAAGCCGGUCACAGUUGGCCAACAUCAAAGCCAAACACGAAAAAUAUCUAGCAGACAUGGACGAACUCUUCUCCCAAGUGGACGAGAAGCGGAAGAAACGGGACAUCCCUGAUUACCUGUGUGGGAAGAUCAGUUUCGAACUGAUGCGGGAGCCUUGCAUUACGCCGAGUGGGAUCACCUACGACCGGAAGGACAUCGAAGAGCACCUCCAGCGGGUCGGCCACUUCGACCCUGUGACUCGAAGCCCGCUGACCCAGGACCAGCUGAUCCCAAACCUGGCCAUGAAAGAGGUGAUCGAUGCCUUCAUCUCCGAAAACGGCUGGGUGGAAGAUUACUGACCUCCGAAGGAUGGGAGGGCUCCUCGGGAACCUCCAGCUACUACAGCGACCAAGAAGGACUCCCCACCCUCUGGACCGCGCCAGGCUGCCCGCUGGGCCACCCCCAUGCCUUAGCCUCUUCCCCCUUUCUCGCCGUCUUCGUCCGCCCAGCUCGGCUGAGUUGGGGUCGGCUCCCCUUCCCUCCUCUGGCAGGCAGGGGGGUGGGGUAGCUCCGUGGCUGCCGUGGUUCUCCUUCCGGGCAACAAGGAGACCUCGGCCUUCGAUCUGGACACGAUGGAAGAUGUUUCCCAUCACAGAAGCUUGAGGAAGCGAGUUCCUUUACCCCGGGCUUCGUAAGGCCCACUUUGUAAGCCCGUCUUGACUUUGGUAGCACACCGUAAACCCUUCCCACAUCCAUCCAGAUCCCUUCACACAUACACACACCCUUUGCUCAGCACGCCUUCCUCCCACGCCGUCAGCCCUCACCAAGAACCUGGCCUCUCCAUGGAGCAAAGACUGGAUCCAGCCCACCCACCCGCCUUCCAGGAGACAUCCCCUACCCCAGCCGUUGCUGCUGCUUCUCCUGUACAAAGUUUCCCUUCUCGACCUCUGUUUUCCCUGCCUGUUCCGAAGACCUGGAAGUUUUGCGUCUGCUUCUCUGUAAAUAAACGGUCACCGAUUUGGGGGCAAAGAUCGGGGAGGGGUGAGGAGAGGUGGUUAUUAUUUCUGUUUUCUCAAAGAUAGGAAGGGGGCUGGAAUUGGGCGAAACGCUGGCAGCAGAUUAUAUCGAGGGGUGGGAAGAGAGCGGAGCCCUGUGCACAGCGCUCCGUACUGUGUAGUUUGUUUAUCUGUUAUAAUACUCAAAAAAAAAAAGUUUUUUGUUUUCGGGUUGGUUUUGAAUUAAACUUCCCCCCCUUCCC